UCUCGUACAAUAUAGAAUUGUGCAUAAAAAUAUCGUGAGUUUCGUCCAAUGCUCAUUUCAUUACCAUUACGUCAAGUGAUAACCGAUGAAUAAGUAAUUCAUUAUGCUUGAUAAUGAUAAUGGUCAAAUCCUGUUCUGUUUACAUUAUACAUCCUGACUAGAAUCGAUUGUUAUCAUUUUGAAAGGUGCACUUUUAGUAUAAUUAUUUAGUUGUUUCAAAAAUAAUCCUCUUAUCUCUCAAAAAUGAUGUAAUAAACGUCGCAUAAUUUGUGAAGUUGAAAUUUGUGGUUUCAUUGUUUUCUGAUUACAAUGGAUAUUGCCGACGAUCAGGUGGACACCAGAAGCCACUUUUUUGGUAUUUUCCCAAAAUCCAAAAAAGAAGUUGCUGUACCGACGUACAAGAAAGAUUUAUUCUACAACACGAACCAUAAACGGCGCGGAGUAGCGAUUAUUUUCAACCACGAAAAUUUCACUUUACCGUCCCUUAAACAACGUAAUGGCACAGAAGAAGAUUGCUUCAACCUAGAAACCACUUUCAAAAGUCUUGGAUUCGAAACGACGAAGUAUAAAGAUCUUACUUUGAAAGAAGUAGACGCCGUAAUUGAAGAUCUGGGAAAUAGAGAUUUCAGCGAUUGCGAUUGCCUGUUCAUUGCCGUGUUGAGUCACGGAGAGCAAGGAGUAAUUUACGCUAAAAACUCCGCUUACUCUCACAAUAUGUUAUUUGAUCGUUUCACCCCUGACAAGUGUCCUACUCUGGCAGGGAAACCUAAAAUUUUCGUUAUACAAGCCUGCCAAGGCGACAAGUUAGAUGGUGGUGUAGAUGUAAGGACUGUGGAAGUUGAUUCUGGCGCUAGUUGUGCUACUUAUCGUAUUCCUUUAUAUGCUGAUUACCUUAUCGCCUUCUCCACGAUUCCUGGAUACUAUUCGUGGAGAAAUACCCAAAAAGGAUCUUGGUAUAUUCAAGCCUUCUGUGAAGAAUUAAGAAAUCAUUGGCAAGAUUUUGAUUUCGUGACAAUUCUAACUUUCGUAAACCAGAGAGUUGCUUUUGAUUUCGAAUCCAAUGUUCCUAAUAAUCCUACGAUGCAUCGGCAAAAGCAAAUACCGUGUGUUAUGACUCAGUUAACUAGAUUAUUGAAAUUUUCUCCGAAACCAGUUGAACAUAAUGCUAUCAGUAACAACGGUGUUUGAACGCGUUCAUUAUUUCGAAAUCAAAAAGUUGGUAAUGCUUUUCUAAAUUUUUACCUAGGUUACCUUUGUUUAAACUUUUAUAUCCGUAUCGAAUUGUAUCGGUAUCGGCCAUACUGCGUACAAUUAUAAUGUUUUAGUGUUUUUUUCUUUUAUAAACGAAUUUAUAAUUCUUAUAUGUGACCUGUGCUACGAAAAGGGAUCUCUUGGCCGGAAAAUGAUUUUCGUUUUUUUAGUGAUUCUUAUACCGCCCUUUUGAAUCACUCAAACCUCAAGUGCCUGAUUUUCUUCUUCAGUUUUCUGAUUGCUUGUAAACUUGGAAAUUCUAAACAUUUAGUGUUUUAAUAACAAUUCAAAAGUGCGAGAAAUCGUAUCAAAUGGAACCUUAUUGCCAUUUUUUUUUUUUUUUUUAUAUGUAUAUUCUGGUCGUCGAAGACGGCUUCUUUCACUCGGAGUGGUCAAAAAUCGUUUGAAGUCGCUUUUUAACACCUGAAUUUCUAAUUUCUAUUUAAAGUUGACAAUACGGAUCCUUCUAAAAAAAAUAUUCUCGCAUUUUUCGUCACAUUAGGUAACGUCAGGAAACUAUUAUGCAUUCUAGGAAAAAUUUAGGCGAAGGAAAAUGGUAAUUUCCUCUCUGCUGAAAGCUAUAAUUUUUUCUGCCCAGAGGUUCUUUUUCGUAGCUCAGGUCACAUAUGUGUAAUGAAUAAUUUUAUGACUUGACUAUAUAAUACAUACUGGGUAUCUUUUGGGAACAAUUCUUCAAUUUAAUGUAUCGGUUUUAUUGUUACAGUUUGCGUACUACUUAAGAUAUACUUUUCUUUUACUUGUAUUACAAAGUACCCUUAUAUCAUUCUUAAACAUUCCUGACAUUUUUUUUCAAUUCCUAUUUUUGCUAACAUAGUGAUCCUGUGAUGAACCGGUACUUUAAUUAUCUUUUUGGAAUCUCGUUUGCAUUUCGAUAUUAAUAGAUAAUAUUAUUAUCUGUAAGGACAUUAUUUUUAGUUAUAUUUAUGAAAUAUUCUGGAUAUAUUAAUUUUAUUUAUUUAAUUUUAUAUUAUGUAUAUUUUUACGUAAAUGAUUUCAUGAUGAAAACAAAAAGUGAGUCUGUUCUUUCAGUUUUUUUUUAUUUGCUCAAGAUUUUGAUAAUGACGUAUGUUUUGGUAAUAUGUAUAUUAGUCCUAAUUUUGGAUACUUAACUGAAUGCAUAAUAUGUGUUUUCGUAUUUCAUAUAUUUAUGCCUACUUUGUGUUUGUUCUUAGUAAAGCAUUAUUAAUAUAAAA